UCAGUUUCGUGGUUGUUAUUGCCAGGUGUUCGAAAGUGUAAUCAUAUCAGUGUUUUACCCUAGAAAGUGCAAAAGAUAAAUGCAAGCAGUGGAUAAGCAAGCGUUUUGAGUAACGAUGUAGCAAGUGAGUGAGUGUUUUCAUCCAGACCCAUAGACCGGCGGGCUACCGCUGCGUUAUGGUCAGCCAUGAUCAACCGACCAGACCACGCGAAGUGGAUCAACGGCCUUCCCAGGCACGAUCCUAGGUUGGUAUCCCUGAUGAUUACUUCACGACGCGCUCGCCAUUGCGUGUCCCUUUGUCAGAAGAUCUAAGUACCAAAGAGCACCGGGGCGUUGGAGGUGGAGCUUUCGAAGCCGCCUGCCCGUCGUCGUCGCCUCCCACACCACACCACUACACGAUCAAAUAUGUCACGUGAACGCUCCGUCAAAGACCGGGAGCGGCAGAAGCAGCUGGCGCGGGAGAUGCGGGAGUCCCAGGCCGCGUCUGCGGUGCCAAUCCAGGACCGGGAGACGCAGCCCGUGGUGUUCGAUGUGGUUCGGCGGUCUCCCAACACCAAAGUCAUUAACAACGAUGUGGAGCGGGUCUUGGGCAAGUAUGAUACCUUUACGAAGGUGGGCGGAAACAGAAUGAAUAUGGUGGGCGUUGAUCAACAGCCACCCACACCCGCACCAGCGCGACAACCCAUCCAUGAUCCUGAUAACUACCCCUCGCCGCCGCCACAGCCUUCAGGGCCGGGACCAGGGUCGACUUCAGGCUCCUCCAAGUCACAACGAUCCUUGCCGCCGCCGCAGUCAGCCCACAAUGGCACGACGCGACCGCCCAAGCCCCUCCCUUCCACCAUAAAGCCCCCUCACCCACCCUCGCAUCACGCCCACCCCAAGAAUGGUGAGGUCAAGGGGAACCUGAAGAGUGGACCAGGGCCAGGACCUGGGGAGGGUGGAGGCAGGAGCUCUUCCAACUCAGCCAUGCACAAGCCUAGUCUGCCCCACCUCAAGGUCGGGGGUCUGGAUGGCAUGCCCGUGGACACCACAAUCCAGCAGAUCAUGUCGGAGAUGUCCAUCAAGAACCCGGUCUCCGCCAUCAUCAAGACUCCCCAUCAUGACUCCAGCUUCCACUUCCCCAUCACGCCCAUCAAGGAUCCCAUGCCAGCCAAGGAGGGCUCAAGCCUAAGCAGGUCACGUCGGGACCCUGUCGAACUUCCUCACAAAAUAGGCAACACAGUCGAGCUGUCACGCCAAAGGCAGACAAAACAACCUGAUGGAAGUAAUAUUGAUGAUGACCUCGGACUCUCGGAGGAUAGUGAGGAGGACGAGGAACGGGACAGACCCGUAACAGAUGUAAGACUAUCGGCUGUUACACAUGGAGGGAUACAUGCAGGCCAAGUGCAGUCUUCAGUGAUCUCAUCCAGUAACUCAAAGCCACCCCUCUCACCAAUUUCACCAAAGACAUCAGAGGAGUCAUCCACGUCGGAUGAAUCAAGUGAUGAUUCAGAUGUGUCUUCCAACAAUACGUCUGAUGAAGAACACCCAGACUCCCCUUCAGCUUCUCCAAAGCCUCAAGAAGAUAAAUCUCCCAAUACAUGGAAACUUAGAAAUUUUAUUCCACAAAGGAAGCCCAGCUCUCCAAUUUCCCAUGGGACUGCAGCACCUGGACCUAUAUCUGGCCAGCAGCCUGAAGAUGUCCGUUCAUUGCCUGUUCCACCUACUGCUCCUCCAACAAAAGGGAAACGCUAUACUAAUAAGGCUGCUGCUCCUUCAAGUUCCUCCCACCGUGAAUCUCGCUCAGCUGCAGAGCUGAGGGUGCAGUCUAAACCUGAAAAUAAUGGCCACUACUCUGACAGCUCUGGUGAGGGUGAAAGUCACCAUCGCCCCACUCCCCGUGCCACUGCAUUAUCGCAGAUUUCAAAGUCCAAAGCUGGGUUAUCUAGGAUGAGGGUAUCAAAUGGACCUCAACUCAGCUCAGAUAGUGAAGAUGAACAAGAGUCUUUUUCUUCUUGGAAAGUUGGAUCAACUCAAUCCGUGAAUGGUUCAAAUAUUUCUGGAAAGGGUGUGUCAAAAAUUCCAGAAAAAUCUGCCAAAUCCAUUGUUCCCCCCAUAUCUCGUGAGACAGGUAGAAGAAACUCAAAGAAGAAUCCUGACUUAAAGAAAGAUAAUCAGGUUGGUGCCAAAUCUGAAAGUGUAAAAUCAAAACGUACCAGCAAAUCACAAAUACAAACUGACAGUGAUGACAGCAUUAUAGAUGUAGUGACUACUACCCCUGAAAAGGUGCAGUCUAGAGGUACUCCAACUUCACAACGUACUCCAUCAAGAACACCCAAAGAUUUCCCAAAGGUUAUUCCCAGUCCUGUGAAGUCAGUCCAGGCCAGCCCUCAUGCAUCUCCCAUGACUUCAGUCAGUGUAUCUAGUAAAAAUAGUGCAAAGAGAUCCAGUAGUGCAAGACUCAGUGAAUCCCAGAGCUCUGAAUCCUUAGUGAGUAAAAGUGAUGAUGAAAUUCAUCCUCACACUGGCCAUAGUCAGAGUAGUUCUCAAAAGCUUGACCAGACCAGGGACAAAGGGGGAAAGGUGAACCGAACAUUUAGCACAUUAUCCAAAAAAGAUAAGAUGGGAAGGGACAAAGACCCUUCAGAUAGUAGAAAAACAAAAAAUUGUGAUACAAGGAAAGGUAGUGGUGGUAAUAAAGACAGCAUUGAAAGGAGUAAAACCGAUAGAAGCAGAACAGUGAGUGAGCCCAGCCCAGCAGAUAGCAGAAAUGAGGGAAGGCCAGGUGCCUCUCCCAUAGUUAGUAAUAAGCUUUGUGAGUCUCCUAUAGUUAGUGCAGAACCAAAAGUGCCCAUACCCCAAAUACAGUAUGAAAAUGGUGUAGCAAGACUCACUUGUACAAUUCCCCUUAGCUUUAUUGAUAAAGUGCCCAAACACAGUGAAAACAGUGCAUCAAGUAUAUCCAAAAUUGAUAUUAAACAAGAAGUAGACACUAAAGAUAUACUUGAUAAUAGAACUAGAGAAGGAAAAGGUAAAAGAAAAACAUGUGAUCCUAAUACUAAAGCAUCGUGUAAUGAAGAUAAGUCAAAGUCUAUAAUUUUAACGUCCAUAUUUAAAUACAAAACUGAGCAAGAGAAAGUUAAAAAGGAAAUGAAAACUGAACCAGUCAAUAGUGAUGAAGAAGACUCAGAGAAAGUUGACAUGAAGCUUUCUCACAAAGUUAAAGAGGAACCUGAUGACACACCAUUGGUCAGACCUGGUAGUGUCAGACAGCGUAAUGUCUCAGCCAGUCCAAUGUCAUCUAUUGCAUCAGAUAGUUCUACUUCACGCCAACAUCAGAAGAAGAAAAAGAAAGAUAAACAGCCAGAAAAAUCUCCACCUUCUCGAGACAGGAAGAGGGCACACAGUAAUAGUGAACGUAUCCCAUCUGAACAUGGAAGUGUACCUCCAACUGACAGCAGUUCCAGUGAUGUCCGUAGAAGCAGACGAGACACAAGUGUCGAGAGUGAACGCAGUACCAUCACACGUAAAAGAGAACAUGAACGUGAUAGCAGUUUGGAGAGUACUAAGAGCAGCUCGCGCAGUACUAGUGAAUCAACGGAAAAGCGCAGCAAAAAGGCUAGACUGUCAAAGGGGACUAAUGAUGCAGCUGAUGUUCCUAUGAACAGUCCAGAUGUAAGAUCAGCAAGCCAGCAGAUGGUUGAUAAUAGCCAGAAUGCAUGGCCACAAGAAGAAGACAUACAGCAAUCCAAAUACAGUCAAAGAUCGAAGCAUUCUCAACAUUCUAGUCAGAAGGAUUAUAAGAGUUUACCAGAAGAUUCUGGAAGAAAUCAAGCUACAGAGUUUGGUGAAGAAGAGGAGAGUGUUACAAAUGCAAAUCAAGUAAAUCAGCUGGCUUUUAGUGGCAAGGAAAAAGGUGAAGCAAAUGGUGCAACAGCAAGUACAGAGAUGUCUGGUUACCAGCCAAGACCAGCAUCAGAACAUGAAUCCAAUGUCAGCAGUGCACUUUAUAGGUCAGCUAAUGACCAAACAGGGACGACUCAGGCAGGGGCAAUGGAUUCCUCAACAUCUGUAGCUCAUUUAGAAAGCAGUGCAUCUAUGGUACCACCUGUUACUCAUAGAUUGUCAGGUGCAACCACAGUUGUUGGAUCUGGGGCUGUACACCCUUCUCUUGCCACUGGCCGGCCAGCUGUAGACCAAGCUGUAGGGCAUGGGAACUAUGCUAACCCUCAUGAGAGACAUUAUGGCUCUUAUCUUGAAAGAUUACCAGAAGUUAAUAGGGAUUACACUUGCUACCUGAACAAAGCAAAGGAGCUAAAGCACAUAGCUGAUGGGGAAGCUGACCGUUCUAUGCAGGCCAUGAAGUACCUAGAGGCUGCCCUCUAUUUCAUACUGAGUGGUAGGGCAAUGGAAAAUGAUCAUGACACAUCUGCACCACUCACAAUGUACAAGGAUACACUGAAUUUUAUCAAGUGGGUAUCAUCUGUAUUUAGAAGAGAAAAUCAAGAGGGAACCAUUAAUUUAAAAUUAGCUGUUAUUAGUUUAAGAUGUCAGAGUCUGUUAUCGCUUAAAAUCUACAAGAUGCGUAGGAAUGAGCACAAGGAAAAUCAACGACAACUGAAUAGAUAUUUCCAGACUGCUGCAAGGCUGGAGGAGUGGAUGGGCAUGGUACCAGUGGAAACGGAAACAGCACAAACUGGGGCAGCCAACGGGCAACAGGAUCUCCAUCUCAUUUGUCACAGACACCCUCACCUGCUGGUUCAGUAGGAUCAGAGGGUUCACAGUCCUCAGGCUACACAACAA